CUAAUGCAUUAAUUGAUCAAAACUGGAAAAUCAAAAAGCUUUAAAGAUUAUUCCAUUUUAAAAAAAACUUCCUCAACCUCUAAAAUUAUUGAAAAUUAAUAAGCCUAAACUGCAUUCAUGAAACAAUAAAGUUUUGAAGUUAGAACAUCUAGGAAAAAGAGUUCAAUAUUUUUGUAAGACUCUGUUGAUUAAUCAGUCUUAAUUGAAAAAAUUAAAACCAUACAAAAGUAAAUAUGUAUUUUUCAUAUCUAGUCCUAAUUUACAUUUAGGAAUGAAUUUGUUAUAAUAAAAAAUUUGGGAAAGAAUCUAAAAAUGUACCUAACAAUAAAUUGUAAAACCAUUUUUUAUUGUUUUAGGAUCAAUACAGUAAUGUACCAAUCAUUGUCUUAAAGCCUGAUUAUGAAUAUGAGUUUAAUUUCUCCAUUUCUAAGUUUUCUUGUUUCAACACUAUCAGACAAUUAACUGAAUGUUUAGCAAAAUAAUUUUAUGAACUUACAAACAAUCGUAAAUGAUAUUUAUGUAUCUAUUAAAGAUUUAGAUGAACCCUUCUUGUCAAUACUUGUUGGUAAAAUCAAAACUUAAAGGCUAGACGGAGAUAUGAGAUUAUUUGAAUUACUGAAUAUAAUUGUAAAUGGAAGAAAACUAUUGGUUCUUUAAAGUUCAAACUAAUGA